AUGACUUUUCAAGUCAAAAACAAAUUCUUAUACAAUAAUUUAUUUCCAGAUGAACGAGAUAUAAAGUUUAUAAAGAGGGUAGACAACGGUACCACCGUAUGGCAGUGCGCGGAUUGCGACAGGAACUUCAAAAGACGCGACCUUUUAAGCCAACACUACAAACACGUGCACCUCAAGCAGCGUCCCAAAUUACGGAGCUGCCACCUCUGUCCGGAAAAAGUGCCAACGCAAUGUCGCCCCUUUCACAUGGAAAAGGCACACGGAUUGCCCCUCCCCACCUGCGGGGCGUGUGGCAAAAAGUUCGCCUUCCCAAACCAAGUGUUGCGCCACCAGAAAGUCUACCAUAUGGGCGAGAAGCAGUUCACGUGCGCGAUUUGCGAAAUGAAAUUCGUGUCGAACGGGUUAUUAUUAAAACAUUCUAUUAUACACACGGGCUUACGUCCGUAUAAAUGCAGUUAUUGUGAUAAAAGUUUUAGGUGGAAGAAGAAUUUGAAGACGCAUAUUUACAUGCAUUUGGAUGUGAGGAAACAUGUGUGCAGUAUUUGCAAUGAGUCCUUCGUGCAACAGAGUAGUUUGAAAUAUCAUAUUACGAAGCGGCAUACUGAAAUGUUAUAAAUAUAGAUAAGAUAUGAAGGGGUCAGGGGAAAAACAACUUAUGUCACAUUUUUUAUUUUUUUCAACUGACAAGGCAGUCUGAAUGGUAAUAGUCUGUCGCUAAGUUCUGUCAAAAACAACAGGGCAAUAACAUCUAUAGUCUCUGCGCUUUCAAACUUUUAAAAUAUCGGUAAAGGG